CUUCCGAUGUCCUCCUCAACUUCCAGCAGCUCUUUGCCCAGCGGCCUGGCCGUCCUGACGACAUUCCCAGAUGUGCUCUUCAUCCCUGAAAUCAUCAUCGGGGGCCUGGUGUGGAUCCUGGUGGCAUCCUCGAGGGUCCCCCUACCCAUGCUGCAGGGCUGGGUGAUGUUUGUCUCCGUCUUCUGCUUCGUCAUGUCCAUCUCCCUCCUGUGCCUCUACUUCUGCGGCGUUCACGGCGGCGGCAGCGGCUGGGUCACCUUGGAUGCCGUGUGCCAGGUGACAGCAGCGCUGUUCUACCUCAGCGCGGCGGUGCUGGAAGCCUUCGCCACCUACGCGAGCGCCGAGAUGUUCCCGGGACAGCUCUACAGGGAGAACAUCGCUGCCGUGGUGAGUGCCCGGCCCCGGGCCAGGGAACACCAGGAGGGGACUCUGGAGCUGCCUCCAGUGCAAAGCUUUGUUUGCACCCACAAUUCGGUGAGGGGGGUCACGAACGAGCUGAUAAAAGGUGCUGAAACCUUGGUGUGACCCCAGCUUCAGCCCUGUACAGUUGUGGUCUUACAAAUGAACAAAUGUCCCCAAAUGUGUGAGAAAUAGGGCACAUCCUGAGGCUGUGCUCAGUGCUGGAAUGGCACCGUGGAGCAGGAAAUUGACUGGCUGCUGUGUUUUCCCAUCACAGGUAUUCGCUUUYGUGGCCACCCUGGUUUAUGUGAUCCAUGAGGUGUUCUCGCUGCUGCGAUGGAAAUCAUCCUGAGAGCCUGAACAAGCCCAGGAACGACGACUGGCUGGGUUUGGGUUUGGUUUUUUAAUGYAUAUCCUAUAAACAAGAAGCUUUCUAUGUGGGAUCUUGGUGAUGAAGACAAGGAGCCUGCCAGAGGAAGGAAUAUCCCAGCACAACCUGUUCCCCUUGGGUACAGUUUGAUGCUGGUAACUGGGGACCAAAAAAAAAAACAA